AGCUCCAUGAAACAAUCGAAUUUAAUAAUCUUAUGGAAGCCUACCUUCCCCCCUUAGACAGAAAAUUCAAUUCUUUGCGUUCUCUUUUCAAUCAGUUUCUAGUUGCAUCAAUGGCAGCUCCAAAGGUGGAUAGAGAAUACUUGAAAGAGAUAGAGAAGGUUCGUCGAGACCUUCGCGCUCUCAUUUCCAGCAAAAGCUGUGCUCCUCUGAUGCUUCGCUUAGCGUGGCAUGAUGCCGGAACUUAUGAUGCGAAGAAUAAAACAGGAGGACCUAAUGGUUCUAUCAGAAACGAAAUAGAGUACAAGCAUGAAGCUAACAAGGGUCUUAAAAUCGCCAUUGAUUUAUGUGAGGAAAUCAAGGCCAAAAAUCCAAAAAUUACAUAUGCUGACCUUUAUCAGCUUGCUGGAGUUGUUGCAGUUGAGGUCACUGGAGGUCCUACUAUUCAUUUUGUUCCGGGAAGAAAGGAUUCUACUGAAUCUCCUGACGAAGGGCGUCUUCCUGAUGCAAAAAAAGAUGCAUCACAUCUGAGGGAUGUCUUUUAUCGUAUGGGUUUAUCAGACAAGGAUAUUGUAGCACUCUCUGGCGGUCAUACAUUGGGAAAGGCUCAUAAGGAAAGAUCAGGAUUUGACGGUGCUUGGACAAAGGAUCCUCUGAAGUUUGACAACUCAUACUUCAAAGAGCUAUUGAAAGGUGAUGAUUCUGAGGGAUUGUUAAAACUCCCCACUGAUAAGGCUUUAGUGGAAGAUCCUAAGUUCCGCUCCUAUGUUGAGCUAUAUGCAAAGGAUGAGGAUGCCUUCUUUGCAGAUUAUGCGAUGUCGCAUAAGAAACUAUCAGAGCUGGGCUUCAAGCCUCCUUUUAAAGCAACUGCAAAAUGCAGUGCACUAUUUGCACGGAGUGUCGUUGGAGUAGCUGUAGCUACAGCUGUGGUAAUAUUUAGUUACUACUAUGAAGUUCAAAGAAGAGUUAAGUGAAAUUAGUACUUUUGAGUGUUUCAAAAAUCACAAAAACAAGUUUUAUUUCAUUUAGAUCCUAAUUUGGGAUCAGAAAUUGCAAAACCCACAAUAAUUUAUCUGUCUCUAUCUUGUAUGAUUUUUAGUUUCUUCAAUGUUUGUCAAUUAAGUUAGAAUAUGAUUCAAACUCA